UGUUAUUAAAAUGUUUGGCUUCGCUAAGGUGAAUGAUAUGGAAAAGCUUUUGCAUUUUUUUGGCUGGAGUCCUGUAGAAAUAUCAAAUGGCAAGGCUGAAAGUGAGACGAGGUAUCCUAGGAUUCUGCAAUGCUGAUGUAAUCACUAUGAUGUAGGAGGCUGUCUCUACAUCUGCCCCAGACUCUGUGCUUUGGGCUUGAUCCACAAAGUUGAUUUUUUUCACUUUGGAAAAGCAGUCUUAGUAACGAUCAGAACAGGUCACUGAAUUGUUAUGAUAUGGAACGAGGCCAUUUGGCCCAUCAUAUCUGGGACUAGCUGCAGUGAUUCGUGGAAAGAAAAACCUGAGAUGACUUAGUGUGACUGCACUGCACAAGUUUGUAGUGUUGAGACUGUGCUCACUAGCACAGACCUAAAGCAUGCGGGCAGACAUAGCUGUUUGGUGUUACCAGAUAUUACAAAGACAUGUGUUACUCUUUGAACAUAUAGGAUUGAUCAAGCAAAACGGCUUCCUCUGGAGACAGGCUCCUGUAUGCUUUCUUAUCACUUAUUGGUUCAUGACCAACCAGCAAUCAAGUCUGUGAAGAUGAUCAGGAGCAUGUUGCUGUGACACCUGAAACAAUCGCGCAAGAGGCCCAAAGUGGUUUGAUGGACACUGGAAUAAAGUGUUUUGACACAACGUCUUCUUGUGAACUGAACCUAUUAAGUAUUUUCAUUAGGGUUUAACUACAGUAGAAAGCCUCAGUCUGCUUUGACCAAUGUAAUUAGCUGUGUUAAACUGUUCAGUCGCCUGGUAUUGAUCAACAGUUUUCCUUUGAAGCUUUGUUCCGCCUAUAUAAAGCUUAACCAGCACCUAGGUUUGCUGGAAAUUGCUGCCUUCAGGUCUGAGCAAAUACAAUACAGGUUGACAUAAAUAAAGCAAAACUGGUAUUACUCCACGGAAAUCCUGUUGUUUCUGAAAGGGGCCUCACCUAAACGAACUGAAGGUUCAUUGGAGAGCAGAGAUAAAAUGCAACUGGAGUCUGAUGUAAGAAACCUGACGUGCUGAAGCACUGCAGAUUCAUCUGAGAUCCUGCAGGGUUCAAAGUUCUUUGUCCUCUUAGUGGCCCAAUUGGCUAGGUCCAGCCACGUUCUGUGCUGGCCUCCUAUCAAGUUAAUUCUGUUUCGCCAACUCGGGCAGAACGGCAGGAGCGUUCAUCAAGAGAUUGGACGCAGAGAAUCUGGCAAUCUAUGGCUUUAAAGCGAAGCUGUUCUGAAGUUGGCUAGACUGGAGCAAGCUCUGCAUCAAUGAGGUGACAUGUUCUCCCAAUGAGAAAGUCUGCAGCAAUUCUUGUGAGAAUGCCUCGCCGAGGCCUACUGAUGCAGGCUUGGACACGCCGUCUACUGCUGGGCCUCGCUCUUUUCUUCUGCCUCAUCUCCCUCUUGUACUUGCUGGAGUGCACGCCCCGGCCAGACAAUGACCCUCUCCUCCUUGGCAUUCCAGGAAAACCGUAUGGCAAAGAAUACUAUCAGGCCCUCCUGCAGGAACAGGAGGAGCACUACCAGACCCGGGCAGCAAGUCUCAAGCGGCAAAUCACUCAGCUAAAGCAGGAACUCCAGGAAAUGAGUGAGAAGUUGAAAUCCGUGCAGGAGAAGAAGGGUCCAUCUCUAACUGGCGGAGGUGCCCAGAACAGCAAGGAAAACUUUCCCAAUGAUCUGUUGGAGUUCUUGCACUCGCAGAUCGAUAAAGCUGAGGUCAGUGUGGGUGCCAGAGUGCCCAGUGAGUAUGCGGUGGUGCCGUUUGAAAGCUUCACCCUGACCAAAGUGUACCAGUUGGAGAUGGGCCUGACCCGGCAUCCUGAGGAGAAAGCAGUGAGGAAGGAUCGAAGGGAUGACUUUGCUGAAGCUAUUGAGGCUGGAAUUGAAGUGUUGAAUAACCCUGAGGAAGAGGAGGAAGAGCAGGAUAAUGAUGAAGAUGAUGAUGACCGGGCACAGAAACACAGCUACACUGAGAAUGACUUUAUAGAAGGCUACUACCGUACAGAAAGAGACAAAGGGACCUUGUAUGAACUGUUCUACAAAAAGGAAUUUCUGGAUGAAUUUCAACAUAUCACACUCUUCCGUCCUUUUGGGCCACUUAUGAAAGUCAAAAGUGAAACAAUCGAUGUCUCGCAGCAGAUCAUCAAUAUCAUCGUUCCUCUGUCUGGCCGCACUGAAGCGUUUGCCCAGUUCAUGCAGAAUUUCAGAGAUGUGUGCAUUCGCCAGGAUGGACACAUUUACCUCACGGUCGUCUACUUUGGCCAGGAAGGGUUAGGUGAAGUGAAGAAGAUCCUGGAAAUGACUGCCAGUGAAACUAAUUUUCACAACUACACUCUGGUUCCUUUGGCUGAUGAGUUUUCUCGAGGACGUGGUCUGGAUAUGGGAGCCCAAGCCUGGGAGAAGGGCGAGGCACUGAUGUUUUUCUGUGAUGUGGAUAUUUAUAUAUCUCCUGAGUUUCUUAAUAGCUGUCGAAUAAACACAGAACCUGGUAAGAAAGUUUUCUACCCUGUUGUGUUCAGCUUGUACAAUCCAGCUAUUGUCUACGCCAAUCUGGAUGGUGCCCCAUCCAUUGAGCAGCAGCUGGUGCACAAGAAAGAUUCUGGGUUCUGGCGAGAUUUUGGAUUUGGGAUGACUUGUCAAUAUCGCUCCGAUUUCCUCACUAUUGGUGGCUUUGACCUGGAUGUGAAAGGGUGGGGAGGGGAGGAUGUCCACCUGUACAGAAAGUAUCUCCACAGUGACCUGAUCGUGGUGCGGACACCGGUCUCCAGCCUCUUCCACCUGUGGCACGAGAAGCAUUGCGCAGACGAGCUGACUCCAGAGCAGUACCGCAUGUGCAUUCAGUCAAAAGCCAUGAACGAGGCUUCCCAGGCUCACCUUGGGAUGUUGGUGUUUCGAGAUGAGAUUGAGGCCCAUCUCCGCAAACAAGCCUACAGGACUGACAGCGACAUUCCUGACUGAGUCAGAGGUCUUUGCUAUUUGGCCUGUUCAGGCUUUUACAUUUGCGGUCUUUGGGUCAGCACCUGUUGUGUUUAGUAAUGGGACCACAGAUGACAAAAUUUUGUAUUACAUUGUGCUGUUGCAGUGCUUAAUUAAUGGCCCAAAAUGCGCUGAUGAGUUUACACAUCUGCGAGGAGUUGAGCGUUGUGUGUGCCAUUUGCUCUCACAAUACAAGUGUACCCAGAGAUCCCAGAUACUCAGGAGUUUGUAAAGUGCUGGGGAAAAAAGAAUUUGCCUCUUCAGGUAUUCCUAUCCUUCACGCAAAGGGUCUUGCAUGAUGGGCACACUGUUGUUUGAAUGAUUGGAUCCACCUGGUUCAGGAAUUUCCAGGGUUUCAGUGUGAACUUAUGGAAUAAUGACUAGGUAUAGAACAGUAUUAAUCUUCAGUGAAUAGGACCACAUAUGCGCAAUUUCUACGCACACUCUUUAUACUGCCACUUUGUUUCCAGCCGUCUGUGGAACUUUAUGCAAAGCCUCACGAGUAGAAGGCCAACCAAGUGCUAGAAUCACCACCUAUUGUGUACAUCAAGGUCAGUUCUGCUCAUCUGAUUAUAUUUUGGACUCCGGGCUAAAGGACAUCAUAUUUGACUCUAAAUGAAGCACAUCAUGCAAACUGAUAGCAAGAGAGCACUGCACUGCAAUGGGGGUGCUAUUCUUCGAAUGAGAAGUUCAAUCGGUGCUCCGUCCCAUGGUAUUAUUCCAGGAUGAACAAAGGUCUUCUCCCAUUGUCUUGCCCAAUGUCUCGCUCUCUUUAUCUCUCAACCAACACUCAUAAACAGAUUGACUUAUAUCAUUAUUUCUAACACAGAAUCAUUGGUGUUUUUAUCCCACAAGGAGAGAAUGCUAUAAUCUCAGCAGGAGUUAUUAAGAUUGAGGGAGAAAGAGAUCCCACAUUAUUUUUAACUUCAAUAAUUGAACUUGCGUGUGAAUGAAACUAAAACGUUAGACUCAUUUUUCAACAUUUCUAAACUAUUUCAUUGUGUGUAAUAUGCUUCGAGAUGUUUCUGAGACAUGAAGUCCACGUCUGUUUUGAUGUCUUUUAUCAUCUGAGGCCCAGUUUAGCUCAAUUAGCUGGACGUCUGGUUUACAAUGCAGAAUACUGCAAAUAGAGUGGGUUCAAUUCCUGUACCAAAAGAUUCUUCUCAACCUCAUCCAUUGUCUUGAGCAUGGUGUCCCUCGGGUUAAACCAUCACCAGUCAUCUUUCUUUAAUGAGAGAGCAGCCCUAUGGUCUGGUAGGACUAAUGGUGACUUUACCUUUUAUCUUUUACCUUCUGCACAUUUUUCUUUCCUCUGCUAAAGAUUUGGAAAUGUGCUUCCCUCCCAAGAUGUGAUGAGUAUGUAUUUCUGCAAGCCUGCAGACAAAAAAUGUGAUUUGUUCAUUAAUGGGCAAAACCUAGAGACUUGUGUGAUAGAGCCACAAGAGGUAGGAGAUUUGUGCUUUUGGAUUCUUAAUUAUAUUUUCAAUUCCUUUAUGUUUAUUUGGUAUGUGUGAGGCUAGUGGGGAGAAGAGUAGAUGAGAAUUGUUCCAGCAACAAAACUACCCAAAUCUGCAAUCAUUUUAUCUAACUUAUUUGGAUUGAUCUUCCCUAUCUAACUGUAAGGAAAACUGUGAACAUGACGGUUCUAUAGAUGUUCACCUGUAAGAUUCUCCUUCAAAUAAUACAAAGCACAUGUGGCAUAUUCCUGAGAUCAUGGUUCAGAUGACAAAGCUUCUAGCUAAUGUUGUCUCUAAGCUCCACAACUGCUCUAGGGAUCUAGAGCGGACGGGCGGCACGGUGGCUCAGUGGUUAGCACUGCUGCCUCACAGCGUUAGGGUCCCAGGUUCAAUUCCAGCC